AUGAGAAAACUCAGUGAAACGAAAGAUCUCCCUGAGGGUUUCAAAAUCGAGGUCAGCAAGAAUCAGCCGGUUGGCAAUAAAAUGUUCAUCGGGGGUCUCUCGGCUGAUAUCAGUAAGCAAGCUCUUCGCGAGUACUUGUCUCAAUUUGGCGAGGUCGUCGAUUUUAUUAUUAAAACCCACCCAAACACUGGAUUACCCAGGGGUUUUGGGUUUGUGCUUUUCAAAGAUAAGGCCACCGUUGAAAAGGUGCUCCAAAUACAAGAGCACAUUGUGUGUGGCAGGAAAAUCGAGCUUAAAAGAGCUAAAGUUAUGGAAUCGAAAUUCUGUCCCAGAAAGGUUUUUGUGGGUGGGCUGAACCCUCGAAUGCCUGAAGAAAAAAUCAGAGAGUACUUUGGGACAUUUGGAGUGAUUGAGAAUAUUGAGCUUCCAGUGAGUCGAAGAACAAAUGAAAGACGAGCUUUCUGCUUUAUCUCAUAUGCUGAGGAAACCGCAGUGAGAAAGCUGUUAGAAGCGAAGUACCAUUUCAUCGGCUCCGGGCGGUGUGAAGUUAAAAUUGCACUACGGAAUCCAAAUCUGAAGCCGCAACAGAUGGGAGAAAGAGAUGCUCCCCUUCCCAGUGUAGGCAAUCCCUGGGGAGACAGAGCGUUGCCCGCAAACCCAAAUGCUUUCACAGCCGACCAAAAUGUUUGUGGGGCGGUUGGAGGCGGCGAGAGCUCUUCUACGAUGCUCGUUCCUGUUCCGUUGGCAGCCUGCAAUCAAGGCUUUGUUUUUCCUGAUGAAGAGUAUGGCGAUUUCUACAAUGUCUACAGCGACCAGCCGGUUUUUCAUAACUACAGUGGACAGUAUUUUCUUGGAUAUAACCAUGGCACCCAUGCGAUUGGAGCUGUACCUCCUAAUUACAAUGUGCAGAUGAACGAGGCGGCUCCCUUUGAUCCUGGUUGCCAUGGAGUUUACCAACUUUUCUGA